GGUAUAUCCAGGAACCCUUCGCUCUCCCCCCACACAAACAUAAAACAACACACUAUUCACUGGCAUCUUCUUUUAGUUAUACUCACUACGCUUUUUACUACAAUUUAAUUAGACUGUUUUUAUCAUUACAUCAACUACAAAUACACCAAAUACAAUAAAUACAACAAUGAAGUCGUAUCUCGUGCCAGACUCCGCCGAGCAGGGCUACUCUGCAAUUAUGCGCCGCGGGGCAACGAGGACGGCAUUUUACGAGCUCUUCCAGCACCGGGUCAAUAUCUCGCCCAACACCAACCUCAUCGGAUCGCGAAGGUUUGAUCCUCUCACACGAAAGUUUGGCGCCUACGAGUGGACCUCAGCCGCCCAGGCCGCUGAGCUCGUGGAGCAAUUUGGGUGCGGCCUCGACCACCAGGCGCUGGGAAUCUACUCAAUCAACCGUCCCGAGUGGCUGCUGGCCGAGUUUGCUGGGUUCCGGUCUAGCAAGUAUUCGGUUGCGCUGUACGACACUCUGGGCGCUGACUCUAUCGAGUUUAUCAUUGAGCACUCCAGCGUUGCUGUAGUUGUAUGCUCUAUAGACAAGGUGCCCAAGCUGCUGAAGCUCAAGGACAAGCUGCCAAGCCUCCAGGCCAUCAUAUCGAUGGACUUGUUUGCCGAUCACGGAAAAAACCCGGUCGCACUGCCGUUCACUGUAAACUCGAUCCGUGUGCUACACGAGUGGGCCAAGUCCAAGGGCGUCGCUCUGUAUGACAUGAGCGAGCUCCACACGCCUCGGCUACCAAAGCCCUCGGACCUGUGCACAAUCUGCUACACCUCAGGAACCACUGGCGAGCCCAAGGGCGCCAUGGCCACCCACGCGAGCUACGCAUUCUCGGCCAAAUCCGGCAGUGUAGCAGUUCCGUGCGACAAUUCUGUCUACAUGUCGUUCCUGCCACUGGCACACUGUUUUGAGCGCAACAUCAUUUACGCCGGAAUGGCACUCCACCCUACAGUCAUGGCCGGUGUGCCACGCCUGUUUAACCGCAUCUACGACCGCAUUGCCGCCGCGACGCUCUACGGACCGGGUCUCUCGGGAGUCAUUGCGCGCACGGCUAUUAGACAAAAGAUGGAGCGCUUGGAGGCUGGCCACGGGACGACACACCCGUUCUGGGACCGCAUUGUGUGCAAAAAAAUUAGACAGGCUUUUGGAGGCUGCCUGGAGGUUAUGAUUUCGGGCAGUGCGCCGAUCGACGCCAAGGUGCUAAACUUUUUGCGUGUCGCGCUGGCUGGCUACGCUAGCACUGAGUGCAAUGCAACGGCCACUGUCAGUUUGUACAACGAGAAUAAGGCUGGUCACGUCGGCGUGCCCAACCCAGGCAUAGAUAUUCGCCUGCGCGACGUUCCCGAGAUGAAUUAUUUGGCAACCGACAAGCCUUGCCCGCGCGGUGAGGUCUUGAUCCGCGGCAAGAGCACAAAGGCAGUUUUUGACGGCGAAUGGCUGAUCACUGGUGACGUGGGCCAGUUUAACGAGGACGGUAACCUCAAGAUCAUUGACCGCAGGAAGAAUAUUCUCAAGUUGGCCCAAGGAGAAUACGUCGCUGUAGAGUUCCUUGAGACUGUGUACUCGCGGUGCCCGCUGAUUCAGAAUAUAUUUGUGCAUGGCGACUCUCUACAAUCCUCUCUGGUGGCCGUAGUUGUGCCUGAUCCCGAGACCUUUUUGCCAUGGGCACAGAAAAUCACGGGUAACAAGGUCGCCUCGCUCGCUGAACUGUGCAAAAAUGAGCAGGUUGUAGGCGCGCUUUUAGUUGAGCUGCGCGUGCUGGGCCGCGAGACUAAGCUUCAGGGCUUUGAGAUUGUCCGCGAGAUUCACUGUGAUUCUGUGCCGUUUGACAUCGAGGGCAAUGGCUUGCUGACAGCAACUUUCAAGCUCAAGCGCAACAUUGCCAAGGAGUACUACGCCAUGCAAAUUCAGAACAUGUACGCCAAGAUCACAAAGCCAAAGUAAGCGAGAGGAUUUAGACAGAGCGGGGCUAUAGCAUAAUAUUUUGAUAUACUAGAAAUAUACACAAACUUAAAUAAUUCAA